UACAACUACUCUCCGCCUCUUCCUCUCCAUCUCUCGCUUUCCCUCCUAUGAGCUCUUUUCCUUUUCGCCUUCUUUUCUUCAAAAAAAGAAAGAAAAAAUUUCCACUAACAACCUCUCUUCUUCUCCUUUUCUCUCUUCUUCCUAUUGGAAACAAGAGAGAUCGAGACAGAAGGAGGGAGGCGAUCUGAUCCGUUCUCAUCUUCCACUCAUAAGAGGGGAAUGGAUCGAUCUCCUUUUGCGUGAUUUCUACAUUAUUUCUAGUUUAAUCUUCAAGCAUAAGCGAAGCAAAUUUCGGGAUUUCUAAGACACCUGAUUCGUCGUCUUGAAUUCUUCGUGGCGUCUUUGCUCUGCUUUAUUUUUAAACUCGAAUUUGCCUUGAUUGGGGCUCUCUUUUGAUCGUUGAUUGAUCGCAAAAAUAAAGAAAACGAAAAAGAUGGCGGAAGAGCAGAGAUAUCAGGAGAGGCACCGCCUCUGUGCCAACAACUGCGGCUUGUUUGGCAGCCCCGCCACCCUCAACCUCUGCUCCAAGUGCUACAGUGAUCUCCGCCUCAAGGACGAGGACCAGGCCUCCUCCGCCAAGACCGCCGUCGGAAAGUCCCGAGCCUCCUCCUCUUCCACCUCCGUCGCCGCCGCCGCCGCCGCCGCCGCCAUGGUCUCUUCCCCUGCCAUAACCCGAGCAGCAGCAGAGCCCGCCGCGGUAACCCUAAUGGAGCCCACCUCACUGUCGGCAGUGGAGGCUCUUCCGGCGCAACAGCAACAGCAAUCAAAUCGGUGUGCGGCGUGUCGGAAGAGGGUGGGGCUGACCGGGUUCCGGUGUCGGUGCGGGGCGACCUACUGCGGGAUCCACCGAUACCCGGAACGGCACGGCUGCGGCGUCGACUAUAAGACCGCCGGCCGCGACGCCAUCGCCCGGGCCAACCCCGUCGUCAAGGCCGAUAAGCUCCACCGGAGGAUUUGAAGAGAGCCACGGCAUGAGCACUGAUUUGGUGGUCGACGGCCGUGAUCAUCGUCCGCCCUCUGUGGGCCUUCUGUUUUGUUUUCUUUUCUGUAUUCCUUAUUUUUAAUUUUUAUUUUAGAAAUAUAGAUCCUCAACGAAUAAAGAAAAUUAGUAAUCUGGUACGAUUUAUUUAGUAAAUAUAUUACA